ACCGGGCCCCACUCCUCUCUUUCUUCUCCUACUUCUUCCUCCUCUCUCUCUUUCUCUCAGCUAUGUCUCCGGAGAUCAAAUCCUCUUCUCUUUCCUUCAAGAAACUGAUGGGUUUUGGUUCUUUCCUCUUCCGCAGAGGCUUCAACUCCUCAAAAUGCAAAACUGAGGCGAAGCUGGCGACGGCGAGGAUAAAGCUCUUGAGGAACAAGAGAGAGGUUCAGGUUCGCCAGAUGAGGCGCGAUCUCUCCAUGCUCCUGCAGUCUGGACGCGAUGACACUGCGAGGAUCAGGGUUGAACAUGUGAUCAGAGAACAAAAUGUUAUGGCAGCAAACGAGAUUAUUGAACUCUUCUGCGAACUACUUGUGGUUCGCCUCCCAAUAAUAGCGAAACAGAGGGAUUGCCCAGCUGAUCUUAAAGAAGGGAUUUCGAGUUUGAUAUAUGCUGCUCCAAGGUGCUCAGAGAUCCCAGAACUCAGUCGGAUUACUGAGAUAUUUGAAAAGAAGUACGGGAAGGACUUUGUAUCUGCUGCAAGGGAUUUACGUCCUGAAUCUGGUGUUAAUCGCAUGCUAAUAGAGAAGUUAUCAGUCCGAAAGCCUAGCGGUGAAGUAAAGAUGAAAGUAAUGAAGGAAAUAGCUAAAGAAUAUCUGGUAGAGUGGGAUGCAACAGAAUCUGAAAAAGAGCUUCUCCAACCUCCAGAAGAACUCCUUGAAGGGCCACGCUCUUUUGUUAGUGCCUCUAGCAUGUCAGUGAAGCCUACUCUUUCACAGGAUAAUAUGCAAGCAAAAGAAAGUAAUGUCAGCAUUCCGAUGAAGCCUACUUUUUUGCAGGAUGGUGUGCAAGAGAAAGACAAUAAUUCCAGACCUCACAGUGGCAGAGAACAGUCCCCCACGCAGUUCAAAGACGUAGCUUCAGCAGCUCAAGCAGCAGCAGAUUCUGCAGCUCAAGCAGUUUCUGCUGCUGCACAAGCUGCAGCAUUUCUUGCCAACCAAAAUUCUAAUCAUCAAAGCAACUCAGCGAACUCAAGAAGACAAUCCUCAGACUCCACUCAAUCCUCAGCUAGAAACAACAACCCCUCCAAGAUUUUCGCUUCUCAGAGUUUCCACAGGUCGAACUUUAUGAAUGAUGAUGAUGAUAACAUGGAUUCUGUUGAUUUGGACGAUAAGAAGGUUCUCAGAAGAAACAGUUAUGCUGAUAGAAGGAUACACUCGAAUAUAAGGUUUGAUGAUUCUGAUGGAUUAGAUUCUGAUGAAGAGAUAGAUAGCCACCCUCCACCAAAUCGACCAGCUCCAGUGCUGCCUCGUAGUGAUCAAUCUGAAAGGAAAUCAACUGAUAGUUUUGCUGCUCGUGUUCAUCCCAAUUUGCCUGAUUAUGAUGCCAUUACUGCCCGAUUUGAAGCUCUGAAGUCAAACAGAUAUUGAAUUCAUUCUAUAGCUUUUUAUCUUCACUUAUUGUCAUGCUGAUCACAAGCUUAGACAUGGGAAGCUAUUGAAUUAUGUUGUUGAGAAGUAAGUCGUAGUAGGGAUUUAUAGACGUAGUUCAGUGAUUAUAUAGAUGAUACUGAAGUUGAAAUUUUUUGUUUACAAUAGAUAUUUAUAUAUUCUAAGUCUUCUCCCUUUGUAACUUCUUUA